CCCCUAAAUACCCCAUUUCCUCGAGCUUCCUUCGAGGUACUCUUUGUGGAUUGGAGUCUCGGACCGGAGUGCACACACAAAGCGUACCUCCCCUCCCGCCUCGUACUCCUCCCGGCCCGCCAGUCUAGAGUCCCGACUUCGGAACUCCGGUUUUUCUCACCACCAUGGACGAAGACCAAGCACCGUCUCAGAUCGUCCCGGAGCCGGCUCCGCGGCGGACUCUCGCCGACCGGCUUCGCGGCGUGAAGAAGACUUUUCUCACUAAGGAGGGCCUCAUCGGCAACUACGACUAUGCCUUCCUCUUCCGUCCAACCCUCCCCUUCAUGAAGAAGGCGGACCAGCCGCCCCCCUUUUUUGGCCUGAACGACCGGAUGCCCGUGUUGUUGGCCCUGAUCCUCGGCUUCCAGCAUGCCCUCGCCAUGUUGGCCGGCAUCAUUACCCCGCCCAUCAUCAUGGCCGGCUCCGGUGGCGCCAACCUCAGCUCCGAGCAGACACAGUACCUCGUGUCCACCUCCCUGAUUGUGUCGGGCCUGCUGUCCGCCAUCCAGAUUACCCGCUUCCGCAUCCUAAAGACGCCCUAUUACAUCGGCACCGGCCUCAUCUCCGUGGUCGGCAUCUCCUUCGCCAUCAUCCCCGUCGCCUCCGGCGCCUUCAGCCAGAUGUACGCCAACGGCUUCUGCCCGACCGCCGAAGACGGCACCCCGCUGCCGUGCCCGGACGCCUAUGGCGCCUUGCUCGGCACCUCGGCUGUCUGCUCGCUGCUCGAGAUCCUCAUCUCCUUCAUGCCGCCCAAGGUCAUCCUGCGCGUCUUCCCGCCCAUCGUGACCGGGCCGACCGUCAUGCUGAUCGGUAUCAACCUGAUUGGGUCCGGCUUCAAGGACUGGGCCGGCGGCUCAGGCCUCUGCUCUGAGGCAAACCCCUCCGAGUUUUUCGCUCGGUGCCCCGACAUCACCGCGCCGCAUGCGCUGCCCUGGGGCUCGGCCGAAUAUCUAGGUCUCGGCUUCUCCGUGUUUGUCACCAUCAUCCUCUGCGAGCGCUUCGGGUCGCCCAUCAUGAAGUCGGUCAGCGUCGUCAUCGGCCUGCUCACGGGCUGCAUCAUCGCCGCGGCCUGCGGCUACUUUGACCGCUCGGGCAUUGACGAGGCCCCGGCCGUCUCCUUCAUCUGGGUGCACACCUUCAAGCUGUCCGUCUACGGGCCCCUCGUGCUGCCCCUCAUGGCCGUCUUCAUCAUCUGCGCCUGCGAGGCCAUCGGCGACAUCACGGCCACUUGCGACGUGUCCCGCAUCGAGGUCGAGGGCAAGAUCUACGAGAGCCGCAUCCAGGGCGGCGUGCUGGCCGACGGCAUCAACGGGCUGCUCGCCGCCCUUGGCACCAUCACGCCCAUGACGACCUUUGCCCAGAACAACGGCGUUAUUGCCCUCACGCGCUGCGCCAACCGGUCCGCGGGGUACUGCUGCUGCCUCUUCCUCGUCAUCGCGGGCAUCUUCACCAAGUUUGCCGCCUCCCUCGUCGCCAUCCCGUCGGCCGUCCUCGGCGGCAUGACGACCUUCCUCUUCAGCGCCGUCGCCGUCUCGGGCAUUGCCAUCAUCGCCCGGGGCGUCCCCUUCAACCGCCGCAACCGCUUCAUCCUGACCGCGGGGCUGGCCCUCGGCUACGGCGCCACCCUGGUGCCCGACUACUUCAGCCACGUGUUCACGUACGACGGCGGCAACAAGGCCCUCCGCGGCUUCCUCGACGCCAUCGAGCUCAUCAUGGAGACCGGCUUCGCCGUCACCGCCGUCGUCACGGUCGCGCUGAAUCUCGGCCUGCCCGUUGAGCUGGAGGAUACCGUUGCGGCCGACCAGCCCGCCGGCGCGGGCUCGUCGGUAGUCCGGGAUGAAAGGGGCAGUGGCAGCGGUGAGGAGGGCGCGGAGUUGAAGGCAGUGAAGGUGGCGUAGGAGCGCAUCUCCCCUCCCUCCCUUCCUGGGAUUGUACGAAUGGCAUCUUGCUGUAUGCGUGUAUUUUGGUGAUGGAUACCCUGUUUCCUUGUUCAUUUUAUCUAUUCGAGAAGAGUCACGCUUGAUCGAUGAUGUUUCUUUUCCUACCGAUGAGGGAGGAUCUCCAGUCAUCCAUUCCCCAGCAUUGGUACAAACGAUCUAGAAAUUAUAAACUUUGAGGGUGAAGUGACACCUGGAA